CCAGCUGCCUGGGAGGGAGAGAGAGAGAGAGAGAUCUCAAGACGAUCCAGAAUUUUCAGCCUUUCAAGCUGAUACACCCUCCCCUCAUUACCAACCACACACACAGGCUUUUACUCAGACACACCACGCAGAGGCAGGUGGCCUCUGCCCAGAUCAGUAGCCGUGGUAGAAGCCAUCUUAACUGCACUCACUGAGGUUUGAGGUGAGGUUUGGAUCCUCCCUGACCGUUGGAGCGUGAGCAGAGUUAGGAGAGCUUCACUUUCUUGCCCAGUGCAGGGAGACCGCACGCCAGGCACGAGGCUCCCCACUCCUCCCCUCUCCCACUCUGCCUUUUCCUGGGCUUCCGUCCAGAGAAUGACUAGCUCCAGUGGACCCAAGAGGAGGAACGCAGCCUGAGGAUACAGUAAAGCAGCUCCAGCCCUGCCUGCCUGCCUGCCUGCCUGCCUGCCUGCCUGCCUGCCUGCCUGCCUUCCUGCCUGCUGGGGAACACAAAUGCACUGAGGUUUUACAAAUCAGCUCCAACACCUUUGUGGAAUUCAUAGGCUUGAUUUAUUAUUUUAUAUUUUUUCUGUCAUCAGAUCACAAAGACUUGAUCUAAGCUGGGCAUACAGACAGACAAACAAACAGACGGACUGACAUAUGGACAGAGAGCAGUGGGCACUGCGGCGUGAAUGUAGCAACUGGACUUCUUUUCUCCCUGGUUACUGAGACCAAACAAGGAUAACAGCCAGAGCACUAUCCUGUCCAGCGAGGUAGUGGGUGGAUGCAGCUUUCAUCAGGCUGCUAUAGGAGAAAGCAGGGACUGUAUAGAAGCUGCAGAUACACCUAGUAGAUACACAUUGUGGUGAUAGUCAGAAAAUGGACAGUUACCUCCAAGUAGACUUUUGUUGGAUUGCUAUUUCUUAUUAAACAUUGUUUGCAGGAACUUGCAGCAAAAAUACUUUCUUUUUUUUCCCAUGGACUUUGCUGCCCAUAUUGAGUGGACUUGCAGGAUUUCUGUGUAGAUGAACGUGGAGAGAGUUUCUCAAUGAGGAUGGCAGAGUGCAUACGGACUGUGUAUCUGACACUGAUGCUGUUGUAUUUUGUUCUGCUCGGCACGGCUCACACAGCCCGCAGCAUCUACCCAAGGAUACGGCUCUCUCACACAGAGCUUUGGCAGCUAAACAGGACCUGGGUGUUCCAGGGACAUGGGACAGCAUCUCUUCAGCCCCAGACCAUGCUGCUGGAUGAGGGCCAUGGGAGGCUUUAUGUUGGGGCCAAGAAUGCUCUGUUCUCCCUGAGCCUGGACCGGGUCAACACACACCACAGAGAGAUCCAAUGGGCCAGUACAGAAUCUCAGAUCGAGGAGUGUUUGAUGAAGGGAAGGGAAAAGUCGGAGUGUGCUAACUACAUCAAGGUCUUGCAACAGUACAACCAGACUCAUUUGCUGGUCUGUGGAACAGGAGCCUUUAACCCCAUCUGUGUCCUGGUGAGAGUGGGACACACUGGGCAGGGCAGGCCGUUUGCUCUUGAAGAAGACAGUAUCAUGAGUGGCAGAGGACGCUGUCCAUACGACACCAACAGCCCCUGCACGUCUACGCUCUCCAGAGGAGAGCUGUAUAUUGGCCUGUACACAGACUACUGGGAGAAUGAUGGUGCGUUUUGUCGACUUAACAACCAGACCUACACACGCACUGAAAGAGACGACAAGCAGCAACUUAAUGAACCUAAAUUUGUGGGGUCUGCAGUUAUUCCUGACAACGCUGACAGAGAUGAUGAUAAAGUUUACUUCUUCUUCACUGAGCAAGAGAUGGAUGCCGAGGGAGGGAACAAGGCUGUGUAUACUCGUGUGGGCCGAGUCUGUGCGAAUGACCAAGGAGGACAGAGAAUGCUGGUGAAUAGAUGGAGCUCCUUCCUGAAAACUCGUCUCAUCUGCUCUGUGGCUGGAGAAAAUGGCAUUGAUACACACUUUGAUGAACUUGAGGAUGUGUUUGUGCUCAAGAACAAGGAUGGCAACAACCCUGAAAUAUUUGGCCUCUUUAGCACAACAAGUGCGGUUUUUAAAGGCUAUGCAGUAUGUGUCUAUCACAUGGAAGAUAUAAGAGCAGCCUUUAAUGGUCCAUUUGCCUACCGAGAGAGACCUGAGCAUCACUGGACAGCUUAUGAGGACAGAGUCCCCUACCCUCGACCUGGAUCUUGUGCCAGUAAAGUGAACGGAGGUGGCUUCUCAAGCUCUAAGGAGUUUCCUGAUGAGGUUUUGCGGUUCGUGCGUUCUCAUCCUGUGAUGCAUCGUCCAGUCCUUCCACAGCACCGUAGACCUGUCCUGCUGCAGAUAGAGCCAGGCGGGAGAAAGUUGACCCAGAUCGCCGUGGAUAGAGUCCAAGCACAGGACGGACACUAUCAUGUUCUCUACAUCGGCACUGAUGACUCAGUGGUGUUGAAAGUUAUCACCAUCUACAACAAAGACACAGACACUAUGGAGGAGGUGCUGCUGGAAGAGCUGCAAGUAUUCAAGGUGUCAGCACCAAUACAAGAAAUCCUAAUAUCACCUAAACGGCAACAGCUGUAUGUUGGGUCAGAAGUGGGAGUGGCCCAAGUCAGACUGCAUCAGUGUGACCUCUAUGGCUCCGAAUGUGCUGAUUGUUGUCUGGCCAGAGACCCUUACUGUGCCUGGGAUGGUCUCACCUGCACCAGAUACUACCCUGCUGGAGUCUACACCAAAAGCAGACGAUUCAGACGGCAGGAUGUUCGCCAUGGCAACGCUGUCCAGCUGUGCAAUGGGCUGCAAAUUGAUGAUGAACAAUGGCAAAGAGCUGAGGAGAGGCUGGUGUACGGUGUGGAGAGCAACAGCACUUUACUCGAGUGUGUCCCUCGAUCACUUCAAGCCAAGGUCAUCUGGUUCUUACAAAAAGACCGAGAGAAACACGAGGUUCGAGGUGAUGAGCGAGUUAUCAUGACCUCCCAUGGGCUGCUGUUUUUACGAGUGAGAAGCUCUGAUGCUGGUAUGUACGUAUGCCAGACUGUCGAGCAUGGAUAUGUGCACACAUUAUUACGUAUCUCUCUACACGUGCUCAGGGGAGAAAGGGUGGAGUCAGCAAUGGGGAAAGGAGAUAAGGCUGCAGCUCCCUGCCCCUCCUCUAUGGGCCCCCCACUAGUCCCCAGCAUCAGCCCCAGGGCUCUGGGGCCAUCCUCAGUCCCAGGCCCCCACUCCAGGCUGUGGUACAAGGAGUUUCUCCAGCUGAUUGGCUAUGGGGAUGCUCAGAGAGUAGAGGAGUACUGUGAGAGAGUGUGGUGCUCUGAUAAAAAACGCAAAAAGACCAAAAGGAAGUAUGGUCCUCCGAGUGGCGAGAAGAGAGGAAAAGGGAGAGGAGAGGAGAACUCCCACCGAGCACCCAGGCACACUGUGGACACCUGAGGAGAACAGAGAUUGACUACACACACAUACACACCAACACACUCUAAAGGUCAGACUCAGUCCGUGUUUGCACCAUGUAAAAGGUAUUCACUUUGCUUUCAACAAGAGCAGUAACAACAGUACUGUAGCAGGCUGUCUAGCUGUUGUAGCGACAUUCAUCAGUAGUUUGACUGUGAUGUUUCCACCUAUUUUUAAAAUACAACAUUUUGCCUUUUUGUGUGAUGUAGACUGAUUAUGUGGUGCAGACCCUGUGUAAAUACAUUACAAGUCAGUGUCAGAGCAGCAGAGGAUCUGGAAAGAGAUGGAGGACUGAUUUAGCUAUGUUGCCUCUGAUCUGAAGAGAGAGAAUAUAAUAUUUAAGCUCCUGUGGACCGACCCAGCCCAACCCAGCUGUCAAGCAAAACGCACACAGACUGCCACACUAAACCCACCUUUCAUUCAAUGGCUCAAUAUGACAACCUCUUACUGAAUCUAUUAUGAGAGAAAACUAUGUUAAAGGUAAAGGCCUUCUAAUCUUUUUUGCUACUAACUUAUUUUCUUUGUCUAUCCUUUGAGUUCUUUAGCUGUUUCUAGAUGUCAUAAACUGGAAAAUAUAGUGUUGUAGUUUUUGAACAGUGAAUAAUGCCUUGAGCUUUAUGAUAAUGCUAAUUGUUGAUGAUAGUAUGGUCAUCCCUGUGGUGUGUGUGGUUACAAUAGCCGCACAAAUCAUACACUCGAUGCUGCAAUGCCACUAUUAUUGAUAUUUGAGGCAUGUUUUGAUUAUAAUUCUGCCCUCAAUGGAUUAAUUACUAUUUAAGCACUUGUGAAAAUUGUUACAGUAAAUGAAAAGUGGUCCCAUCAGUGAAUCUAAUUGUUCUUGUAAGUGUCCAUAUUUAGUACAUCAACAGAUCAAAUGUACCAACAGUAUUUGGUGUAUUGUAUAUUGUAUUUAUCUCAAAUCCAGGGUGGUCUUUGUGUGCAUAUCUGGUAACUAUAACUGUGUAUUUAAAGUCAUCACUCUCUGCUGGCUGUACCCUCCUCUUUCCUUCUGUCUCUCUCUCUCUCUCUCUCUUUCACUCUCUCCCUUCUUGUUCUCCCUAUCUCCCUCUACCACUUCCUCUAUCUUCAUUUCCCGCCUUUUGUUCGCAUGAAAUGAUGUUGCAGAUGGGAUUCAUAAUUACCACAACAAAACUGCAAUGUAGAACACCACAUUUCUCCCAGAAGAAAAAAGACAAAUAGAGUGACCACCCAAGCUUGCAAUUAGCAAAACUGAUGAGUCAGCCUCAUGAACAUUCAGUUAAUCCUGAGAUGACAGAAACAUCAAACAAUCUGAUGUUACAGUAAAAUGCAUUGUAUGGGUUUUGCUAAAAAACAGUCUGGAAGACCACCUCUUUUUCCAUAUUGUGCCUUAUGUAUCUCUUCAUUUUGUCACUUUAGAGAGUUUUGACCUUGUUGUUUUCCCUGUUUUCAUAAUAGGGUGGAAACAGUCAAGGUUUAAUAUAGUCACUCAUCAUUCUCCUUGAAUAUUCUUCAACUAAGAGCUUUGACUUAAAUUGGACAUGUUGUAUAUGCUAUACCCAGUAUGAAUACCUGCCAUUAAAAAAAAUGGACCAUC